CUGGUCUUGGCGUACGCAUCCAAAAGUGUCAUGGAGAUGAACAAAGACGACAGGGAGGAGGGUGUUGCUAGCUCGCGAGGGCGAGGGCGCCGUGGAGCUUGAGGAAGAUGAGGCGUCAUGGAGCUCAUGAGUCAUGACUGAGAAGUAUGCACGCUCGCUCCCGGCGCUCGCGAGUCUGCUCGUGGAGUUCCGCGACACAACCCACCUUGUCGCGUUCGGGCCAACCAGUUCAGGACGACCUCCUUCGCCACCGCACGCGACAUUGCCGUGUCCGCGCGGUGCCUCUUCAUGCCCAUGAACCUCCACAUGCUCUCGCUCGUCGUCCACCUCUCCGAGCUGGCUGCCUCCUUGCCCGGCGAGUUCAGAGACCUGGCCGAGCCGGUGCGUCUACCCGGCUGUGUGCCCAUCCUAGGGCCCGACAUCGUCUCGUCGCUCCAGGACCGGUUCGACCCAUCGUACGUGGUGAUGCUGCACCUCGUCGUGCGCUGCCGCGAAGCCGCCGAAGCCAUCCUCAUCAACUCCUUCGACGCUAUCAAGCCUGAGGCCGUCGAGGUUCUGCGCCAUCCAGCAAAGUCCGGCGGCCACCAGUGUACCCUAUCGACCCAGAUCCUUCAGGCCGAGCCCAACGACGGCGGCAGCGUCGAUGUCGAUUUCCUCCAACGCGAAGAAGCGGAGCGUCGGGAGCGCGGUGACGGCGGCAAAGAGGUGUCGUGGGGGAGGAAGAAGUGGGGCGGGGGCGACCUCCUCGCAGCCGCGGGAUGGGAGAUCUGGUGGUGACUUGCAAGUGGAGCUACAGGGAGAGGGAGUGCGAGAGCGAGAGCGAUGAGAUGGUGGAUGAUGAGGACAGCAA